CUAUAUGGGUUGUUGAAAAUAUUUAGAAAAACAACGCAAGCGUGUGGAGAGAGACCUUGAUGAAAGCGAAUUCCGCAUAUUAUGAACCUAAUUUCCAGAUUCGAGCGAAAAGACUGGUCUUGAUAUAAAAUCAAUAAAGUUAAAGCCUCCUUUCGCUCACUUAUACGACUCGUCGCAAUUAUUUUGUAAUGAAAUUAACGAUAUAAUUGAGGAACGUACGUCAUUUGUAUUAUGCAGUUAAGUGAUAACAAAACUUUUUUUUGAGUUUUCAGUGGAUAAUAAUACAUGAAGAUGGACUUGCUGAAAGCAUUAAUUGUUGUAUCAGAAAAAGCAGCGAACGUUGCUAGGGUAUGCCGUAAAGAUGAACAUCUUUUUGAACUUUUAGUACAAAAAAAGAAGACGGCCGAAGCUAAUCCUCGAUUUGUUGAAGAUUUCAAAACUCUUGCCGAUGUUCUCAUACAAGAAAUGGUUAAACAUGACAUUGGAAAACAAUUUGAAGAGCUAGCUCCUAAUAUAAGAGGAGAAGAAACUAACAUUUUUAAAAAUAAACUUGGAGAAAAAAUAUGUGUGGAAAUUAAACACAAUGAAGAAGAAACUUCAAACCUUUUAGAAACAGUGUUAAACGGUGAUCACAUCGCUGCAAGACUUUUGGCUGGAGAGGUACAUAAACACUUGAAUAUAGAAGAUAUUAAUACUGACGUACCUCACGAGCCAUUUGACGUGAAAUUUAACGAAUUGGGAAUAUGGAUAGAUCCGAUAGAUUGUACCGGGGAGUAUGUUCACGGUGGUGCUGGAGAAUGUAUAAAUAAUGUACAUCUAAAUGGACUUAAGUGUGUUACAAUAUUGAUAGGAGCAUUUAAUAAAAAUACAGGAGUUCCAGUUAUGGGUGUUAUCAAUAGACCAUUUUUAGAUAAAGAAGAUUCUCAGUUUUCGCAGCAAUGUAUUUGGGGCGUCUCCAUACCUAAUUUCAAAUACAAAAGUACACUCAAAAAGCCCACCCGAACAAACACCAUUUGUAUAAGUAGCAGUGAAGAAGAAGGCAUUAAAGAAAAAUUAGAAAAUCAUGGUUUUAAUUUAAUCCAAGCCUCGGGAGCUGGAUAUAAAAUUUUAACUGUUAUUUUAGGUUUGGCCGAUGCUUAUAUUUUAACGAAAGGCACAACUUUUAAAUGGGAUACUUGUGCUCCACAUGCUAUUCUUAAAUCGAUAGGUGGCGACAUUGUAAAUUACGUUGAUAUAUCCAAAGAAAAAAUCGAGAGUAUUCAUUAUUUUAUUGAAGAAAGUACAUGUAACUUAAAUGGAAUUAUAGUGUACCAAGACGAUAAUAUAUUAAAUGAAAUUGUUGGCAUUCUAAAGUUGUAAAUAUUUUUUCUUAAUAAACAUAGUUUUAUAUAAAA